UUCAAGGCCAACGGCCCGUUCUAAUGGUCUGGGAUCUGAGUGCCGGAUGAAAUUAGCGUUUAGCAACUUUCUUUUCCCCUUUUCAAGUUCGAUUUUGGCAAACGGAAAUGUGGAAAAUUAACGUUCUCAUGGUGUCGGGAAUACUGGGAGACGAGGGCCAAGCUGGAUGGCGUUUGGCACUUCUUUGCUUGGGUGGGAGCCACUGUGCCCCUCCAGAGUAGGCAGGUCGUGCCUGUUAGGGCCGCCGUGACGGAGCUGGGAUUGACUUGCCACCAUGGAUUCUCUGCUAGAAGCAAAUGGCACCUUCGCCAUAAGUCUUUUGAAAAUUCUGGGUGAAGACAGCUCGAAAAAUGUGUUUCUUUCACCGAUGAGCAUCUCCUCCGCUCUGGCCAUGGUCUUCUUGGGAGCAAAGGGAACCACUGCUGGCCAGAUGGCUCAGGCGCUGUCUUUCAAUAAAAGUGAUGGCGAUGGAAGUAAUGUUCACCUGGGCUUCCAGUUACUUCUCAACGAAGUGAACAGGACUGGCACGAAGUACUUGCUGAGGACAGCCAACAGGCUCUUCGGGGAGAAGUCUUAUGAGUUCCUCUCAUCUUUUAAAGAUUCCUGCUGUAAGUUCUACGGAGCAGAGAUGGAAGAGCUCGACUUUAUCCACGCUACCGAGGAGUCCAGGAAACACAUCAACUCCUGGGUGGCCCAGAAAACAGAAGAUAAAAUUACAGAGGUUCUGUCUUCAGGCACAGUGAAUUCCACCACUAGUCUGGUUCUUGUGAAUGCCAUCUACUUCAAAGGAAACUGGGACAAACAGUUUGACAAAGCUAGAACCCAUGAGAAGCCAUUCAAAGUCAGCAAGGAUGAGGAGAAACCUGUGCAAAUGAUGUAUAAGAAGUCUACUUUUAAAAUGACCUAUAUAGGAGAAAUAUUCACCAAGAUUCUGGUGCUUCCCUAUGUCAACAAGGAGCUCAAUAUGAUCAUCAUGCUUCCGGAUGAACACAUCGACUUGAAAACGGUGGAAAAAGAAAUUACUUAUGAGAAAUUCGUAGAUUGGACAGUGCCGGACAAGAUGGACCAAGAAGAGGUGGAGGUUUUCCUCCCUAGAUUUAAGCUGGAGGAAAAUUAUGAUUUGGAGAAUGUCCUUCGCCGCCUGGGUGUGACUGAUGCCUUCGAGGGGGCCAGGGCAGACUUCUCUGGAAUGUCCUCCAAGAGAGACCUGUUUCUGUCCAAAGUUGUGCACAAGUCCUUUGUGGAGGUCAACGAGGAGGGCACGGAGGCGGCGGCAGCCACCGCGGCCGUCAUGAUGAUGCGGUGCCUGCGCUUCACACCCUCCUUCUGCGCCGACCACCCCUUCCUCUUCUUCAUCCAGCACUGCAAGACCGGUGCGGUCCUGUUCUGCGGCCGGGUUUCUUCUCCGUGAGGUGGCCAGGCCGGAGCAGCCCUCCUCCCCCUGCCCCUACAUGCUGUCCCUCUCUGCACCGCAUGCCUGUGACCCCAGGGACCUUAUCCAUGUGGCGCGACAGCCCAGAAAUAAAAGGCCCGUCUGGGACCCACAUCCCAACCCUGUA